GCUGCUGCGUCUAUCUCUUCCAUCUUGUUCUCCGUCGCUCAGCUCCUCCAACGUCAGCGGCGACCGGGAAGACGGAGAUUUCAUCUCGACGUUCUCCUCAGCCAGAUUACCAAGUGGCAACGGACCGAACGACACCGAGCGGCGACGACUGUCCUUGACUGACGAGCUGGCCUGCGAGUCGCUCUCGAAGGACCAGGCACUCACGCUCGAGAGCUCGCCUACCUCGUCCUUGUCGUCUUCACCCGGACACUCCUCGUCCGGCUGCGCAACGCGAAGCUUCGGGUAGUCUGCGGCCUCGGCAUCCUGCUGCGCCAUGUCGACAUCGUCGGCUUCCGCGAAGUCCGAGAGAUCGUAGUCGCUCUCGCCGGCGCUGCUGCACUGGGCGUCGGCGUCCUCGUCCUCGUCGUCCACGUAGCCCUCCUCCUCGUAGCCGAGCUCGGAGGCCGACAGGAACGUGGUCUUGGCGCACGUGGCCACCAUGGACUGGAUGAGGUUGUGCUUGCAGUUGAAGACCACGGUGGCCUCGUCGGCCGCACCCUUCUGCUGCUGCAGCGCUUUGUGCAGGCGCACGCGGGAGCGCAGCGUGCGCUUGAGGUUGCUCAGCAGCACGCGCUCGCGCUGGUCCUCGCGGCGCAGCAGCUUGAGCUCGUCGUCGCGCAGCUCGGCCAGCUGCUCGGCGCGCUGGCGCUGGCUCAGCACGUUCUCCACGAUGUGCGCGCGCAGCAGCUCCGUCUCGUCCGCCACGGCCUGCAGGCGGCGCGCCAGGCGCUCGCGGCGGCGGCGCAGCAUGUCGCCCACCUGUUUGCUGGAGAAGGCCACGCACUUGAGCGCCUUGAGCACCUGCUUGGAGUUCUCCGCCGGGUCGUCCGAGACCGAGAGCUGCGGCAGCGGCGCCAUGGGCGACAUCCACGCGAUGGCGGCGGUGGACAUUUUACUGUAG